CAUGGCGGAAAGGAAAGCAUUUUCGUUCGGCUUUUCAAAGAAAGUUAACAACCGACCACUGGAAAAAUCUAGAUUAGAAGAGGACGUCGGGAAGGCUAAUGAACAACACACAGAUUUUGUCACAUCACUUGAAGAUCGAGAAGUAAAAGGGUCUUCGAAACCGAAAGAACCAAAAGAGAAAGAGUAUGUCAUUCCUCUGAUAUCCAAAAACAAAUGGCGGCAUCCAGAUAAAGAGAAGAGUGGAUUAGCUUCAGAAAGGGAUGGAAUAGACGACCAGGCAGUACAGGAACUCCUACAAGAUGCUGCCAAACAAAAUGAUGAUUGGGAAGACAGAGGAAAGAUUGAUCCAAACGUGGCCAUACCCUUGAUAAUGAGGAACAAGGUGCCAGAGGGAUAUGAGACAGACGACAAACUGGAUGUAGCCCUGCGACCUGAUGAGGUUGAUGUUGACUAUGAAGAGAUUCCCAUUGAACACUUUGGGGUUGCUAUGUUAAGAGGAAUGGGUUGGAAAGAUGGUGAAGGUAUAGGGAAAAGUAAACAGACCAUUGUCCCUGUUGAGGCCAAGUUAAGACCAAAAGGCCUUGGCCUGGGAGCAGACAGGAGCAAGGCAGCACAGCUCAACAACGCUAAGGCAGGAGGGGGUGAUAGUGGUGACCAGGAUGAAGAGCAACUGACAUUGAAGAUUGGGGCAUACUGUAUGAUACAAAAGGGGCCACACCAAGAUCGCUACGGAAUAAUACAAGGUUUGGAUGAGGACAAUGCCCGGUGCAUGGUCAAGUUGGCAGUCAGUGGUUUGAUGAUUACAAACAGCCAGUAUUCCCUCAAACUUGUUGGCAAGAAAGAAUACUCAAAAUAUUCCAAAUACCUCAACAAAAGUAAAGUAGAUAAAUAUAAGGAAGAAGAGGAUAAAAAAUUGAAGCGUGAAUCAGACAGUCACAGACAUAAAAAGAACAAACAUGAUAAGGAAGACAGACAGGAGAGGAAAGAUAGAGAGAGACACCAUCAUCAUGAUGACCAAAGGAACAGAGAUGAUGGACGGAAAGACAGAUUGAAGGAAGAAAGGGGAUAUAGAGACCGUGGAUCAGAUGUUGAGACAGAUAAAGGGAAUGAGAGACUACAGGAGGGAAAUGAUCGUCAUGGUGACAGGAAACGAGAAAGAAACAAGGACCAUCAGUAUACAUCGAGUAGCAAAAAGAGAAAACAUAAUGAAGAGAGUUCUAGGUCCUAUCCUCAGGAUCACUAUGGAAAUAGCAAUGGCCACAAACAAAAUUCCCCAGCCUCACUCUGGAUAUGUCCACAGCUGAGGGUUAGAGUGGUGGACGACAAAUACAAAAAGGGGAAAUACUUCAAUACAAAGGUUGAGGUUAUUGACGUUCUUAGUCCAGAUAAUUGUGUAUGUAGGACAGACAAUGGCCGUGUUCUAGAAGGUCUUUCACAGGAAAUGCUAGAAACUGUAAUACCCAAAUCAGAACCAUCAUUUGUUCAGUUGGUCACAGGAAAAUGGAAAGGACAGUUGGCUGAAUUGAUGAAACGUGACAAGUCAAACUGUAUGGCAGUUGUCCAGCUGCUGCAAAACAGAGAUGAAGUCCUGAAGAUAUCCUAUGACAGUAUAUGUGAAUUUGUUGGAGAUAUAAAUGCUGAAUUUGACUAUUAAUGAACAUUUGAACAGACCAGAAUAGUUUCUCAACACAGGAUAAAUCAGUGUCAGUUUUUGAUUGAUAAUAAAGGCAGGUGCAAACAAAA